GGUGGAGGGGGGAGCGCGUGCUGCCGCAGCUGAAGAGGGGUUCCUGAUCAGCGCGCAUCAGGGCCGCCGAGUCUCCACUGGAGGGCGAGUGGUACAAGAGCACCGGGACACUCCGGCAGCACGGAGACCGAGCAGACAGUCGGAGGGAGACGGGAUAGAGCAGCAGCUGGAAGACACACAGACAGACAGAGACACACACAGACAUAAAAUCCCCACCCGGACUCUGCAAAGCAUCUUUUUUUCCGGCGUCGGAUUAAACCCGUCCCCGUCUCCAACACCGAAAUCACGCCAAGACAUGAGCUUCUCCCACUGAACGUUAUUGAUGCUGAACUGAGUGGUCCAGUGCUGUCCUCCAGUGUUUCCCCUCCCCUCAAUUUUCUGUCCCUCUGUCUGUCACCUGGUUUGUGAGCAGCUAUGACGAAGUCCUACGAGUUCAACUGGCAGAAGCACCUGCCUGAGUUCAUGCAGGAAGGCGCCUCCUUCGAAAGAUUCGAUGAGGACCCGUACAUCUUUGAGCCCAACUGUCAGAUGACGGUGGACGAGUAUGGCUUUUUCAUCUGCUGGAAGAGCGAGGGAAAGGAAGGCCAGGUCCUCGAGUGUUCCCUCAUCAACAGUAUCCGUGUCGGUGCCGUCCCAAAGGACCCCAAGAUCUUGGCGUCUUUCGAGGCCCUCGGGAAGACGGAGGCGGACCUGGAGGGCUGCAUCAUCUGUAUCUGCAGCGGCACAGACCUGGUCAACCUCAACUUCAUGUUCAUGGUGGCGGAGAACCCAGAAACAGCCAGGAAGUGGAUCGAGGGUUUGAGGUCAGUGAUUCACAACUUUAAGGCCAACAACGUCUGUCCAAUGACCUGCCUGAAGAAACAUUGGAUGAGAAUGUGCUUCCUGACCAACGUGAAUGGGAAGAUUCCUGUGAGAGGCAUUACUCGAACAUUUGCAUCAGGAAAGACAGAGAAGGGGAUCUUUCAGGCUUUAAAGGAUCUUGGCCUUCCGAGUGGAAAGAAUGACGAGAUUGAACCAGCAGCAGAUUUCACUUUUGACAUUUUCUACGCGCUCACACAGAAGAUCUGCCCUCGCACAGACAUCGAGGAGCUCUUCAAGAAAAUCAAUGGGAACAAAAGUGAUUAUUUAACUGUAGACCAGUUAGUCAGCUUUCUGAAUGAAAAUCAGCGUGACCCUCGGUUAAACGAGAUCCUGUUCCCGUUCUAUGACCCUAAGAGAGCCAUGCAGAUCGUCGAGAAGUACGAGAGAGACGACGAGCUGAAGAAGAAAGGGUUAAUGUCCAGUGAUGGGUUCUGCCGGUACCUGAUGUCAGAUGAAAAUGCUCCAGUUUUCUUGGACCGGCUUGAGCUGUAUCAGGAAAUGGACCAGCCGCUGGCCCACUACUUCAUCAGCUCCUCCCACAACACCUACCUGACAGGGCGACAGUUUGGAGGGAAGUCUUCAGUAGAGAUGUACCGCCAGGUCCUGCUGUCUGGAUGCAGAUGUGUGGAGCUGGACUGCUGGGACGGGAAAGGAGAGGACCAGGAGCCCAUUAUCACUCAUGGCAAGGCCAUGUGCACAGAUAUCCUGUUCAAGGAUGUAAUCCAAGCCAUCAAGGAGACAGCAUUUGUGACCUCAGAUUACCCGGUUAUUUUGUCCUUUGAAAACCAUUGCAGUAAACCACAGCAGUACAAGAUGGCCAAGUAUUGUGAGGAGAUCUUUGGUGACUUCCUCCUCAAACAGCCUCUGGAAAACUUUCCGAUUGAAUCCGUGCGUCCCUUACCCUCUCCAAACGACCUCAAACGCAAAAUCCUCAUCAAAAACAAACGCUUGAAACCUGAAGUUGAACAGAAACAGCUAGAGGCCUUUAAGAAACACAUGGAGGCGGGAGAGACCAACACACCUGCCAUCAUAAUGGGAGAGGAGAACGAAGAGGACACAGAGAACAGUCAGAUAAUCGACGGAGAAAAGGAGGUUGAAGAUAAGGAUUUGAAUUCGGAGGCCCCCAGCAGUCUGUCGGAGUCCACCACGGAGAAAGAAGCCAACAGCGUUUCCCAGAGUAACGCCGUUUCCCAGAGUAACGCCGUCAGCUGGACGAAAGAGGAGGAACGCAGCAACAGUCUCAAGAAGGUGCCUGAAGAUGAAGUGACUGAGAUAUCUGAAGCCACAGAAGCAACAGACGCCACAGACAUCUCAGAAGCAUCUGACCAAGACAACAACAAGAAGGGCGGGGAGGAGGGGGAGGACUCUGAAGAGGCUCUGAUAGCUCAGUACACCUACGUAGGAGCCACCACCAACAUCCACCCAUACCUGUCAGCAAUGGUCAACUACGCACAGCCCGUCAAGUUUCAGAGUUUUGAAGUGGCAGAGGAAAGAAACAUCCACCAUAACAUGUCAUCUUUUAACGAGUCUGUUGGUCUGGGCUAUCUGAAGACCAACGCCAUCGAGUUUGUCAACUACAACAAGCGUCAGAUGAGCCGUAUCUACCCCAAAGGGGGUCGGGUGGACUCCAGUAAUUACAUGCCUCAGAUCUUCUGGAACGCAGGCUGCCAGAUGGUCUCACUCAACUUCCAGACCCCAGAUCUGGCCAUGCAGCUGAACCAGGGAAAGUUCGAGUACAACGGCUCCUGUGGGUACCUGCUGAAGCCAGACUUUAUGCGGCGGUCAGACAGGAUGUUCGACCCUUUCUCAGAGACGCCGGUGGAUGGAGUCAUUGCUGCAACCUGCAGCGUACAGGUGUUCUCUGGACAGUUUCUGUCGGACAAGAAAAUCGGCACGUACGUCGAGGUCGACAUGUACGGGCUGCCGACGGACACCAUCAGAAAGGAGUUCCGCACACGUAUGGUGAUGAACAACGGACUGAACCCGGCGUACAACGAGGAGCCCUUCGUCUUCAGAAAGGUGAUCCUACCAGAUCUGGCGGUACUGCGCAUCGCCGUCUACGACGACAACAACAAGCUGAUUGGCCAGCGCAUCCUGCCUCUGGACGGCCUGCAGGCUGGCUACCGUCACAUCUCGCUGAGGAACGAGGGCAACAAGCCCCUGUCUUUGCCCACCAUCUUCUGCCAAAUCAUCCUCAAGACCUACGUGCCCGACGGUUUUGGAGCAAUCGUGGAUGCUCUAUCAGACCCAAAGAAGUUCCUGACCAUAGCAGAAAAAAGAGCUGACCAGAUGAAGGCGCUGGGGAUUGACACGAACGACAUAGCAGACGUUCCCAGUGGGAGCUCAAAGAACGACAAGAAGGGAAAGGGUAAAGGAGACACGGUGAAGGCCAGUGUGACACCGCAGGCCAGCUCAGAUAUGGCCCAGACCUCCAACUCCGCCCAAAACAACACAGCAGAAACCAAGAAGGAUACUGCACUCGUGCCUAACGUCAGCAUUGAUGACUUAAAACAAAUGAAGACGUACCUUAAACUGAUUAAAAAGCAACAGAAGGAGCUCAACACUUUAAAGAAGAAACACUCAAAGGAUCAAAAUACAAUGCAGAAAGCCCACUGCACACAGGUGGACAAGAUGGUGUCUCAGCAUGACAAGGAGAAGACAAACCUGGAGAAACUACUAGAGAAAGCCAUCAAGAAACGAGGGGAAAACAACUGCCAAGAGCUGAAGAAGGAGACAGAGGAUAAAAUCCAAACACUGAUCGCCGAUCACAAAGUCAAGGUAAAGGACAUCACAGCGCAGCACACUAAAGAGUGGUCAGAGCUGAUCAGUAGUCACAGCAGCGAGGAGCAGGAGAUGAAGGACAGCCACGUCACACAGCAGUGCGAACACCUCAAGAAACUCCUGACCACCGUCCAGGAGCAGCAGACCAUGCAGCUCAAACUCAUCCAUGAACGGCAGAGCAAAGAAAUGCGUGCCAACCAGGCCAAGAUGUCCAUGGAAAACAGCAAAGCCAUCAGCCAGGACAAGUCCAUAAAGAACAAGGCAGAGCGAGAGAGGAGAGUGCGAGAGUUAAACAGCAGCAACACCAAGAAGUUCCUGGAUGAGAGGAAGAGGCUGGCCAUGAAGCAUCAGAAGGAGAUGGAGCAGCUAGAGAAAAACCAGAGAGAACAGUUGGAGAAACUGGAUAAGUUCAAUGAGCAGCUUUUGAAAUCACACCAUGCAAACAAACAGGUUCAAGACCAAGGACAUGCAGCAGAUGGUGAAGUUGGAGGAGGAGAUGGACCGCAGACCUGCCACGGUGGUGUGAGCGACUGAGACAGACACACAAGCACACACACACACACACACACACACACACACACACACACAAA